AGGAAAUGCAAAUGAGAUCAGUUAGAGCUGCUCUUCACAUUCUCUCUGUAUCGCUCACUUUCAAUCUUUUAAACCAUUUGCAUCCAAGGACAGAAAACAAAGACAUUUCCUCAUGACUUGAGCUGCGAGACUCGACCCCAAAUCAAGACAAUGAGCUUCUUUGGAAAACUGAAGAACCGACACAGUGGGCCUCCCGCUCCACCAAGAAGAACAGAUGACAAUGCUGGGUUUGGGUGGCCACAGGAUGAGUUUGAUGACGAGGAUGGUGACAUGUAUGAAGUGCCUCCCUGUGAGCGUCCGGCUGUGAAAGUCCCACAGAGACAAGUGGAGGAGAAUGUUUAUCUGGAGCGGACACCCAAUCCUACUCCUCCACAGAGGCUGGCUGCUCCUCCACCACCCAGAUCAGCCAAACUCUCGAAACCGCAACAACGUGCUGAUGAUCCCAAAACCAAAAAACCACCUGAGAUAGACAGAAAUGAGAAGCCUGGGAGAAAGCAGAAGAUGCCUCCUCCACCGGUCCGCUCUGCUCCUGCUCCAGCCCCUGCAGCCAACACAGAGGAAGAUGUGUAUCUGGAUCCAAAUGAAGAACAGGACGAUAAUGAUGAUCUGUAUUUAGAGCCUACAGCAGCGUGCUCUCCUGAGCCUCGUGGGCAAAAAUGGGUGCCUCCACCUCAAAAGACAGCUAUUUUACCUUCUCCCAUACCCAUGAUGAAGCCUCCGGUUCCCAGAGCUCAGUCUGAAAUGAAACUCGUUGGUAUGACACAGAAUUCAUUCGUGCCUUCACUGAAUGAUUUAAAAAGGGUUGAUGCAAGACCGGCAUUUAAUAUCAAACCCCCUCCACCAACUCCUGUGAAGCCCCCUCUGCCAGCAAACCUGAAGGAAGCCAAACCCAUUCCUCCGAUGCCAGACACUAAGCCUGUGGCCCCAUCUGUUGUUAUGAGAGCAACCAAACAAUCUGGGAAUGAGGAUAAAAAAUGGUUUGCUGGAGACUGCAACAGGAAGGCAGCUGAGGAUCUUUUAAUGCGGGUGAAUAAGGACGGUGCCUUUCUCAUCCGACACAGCUCGGCCCAGAGCGCCCGGCAGCCGUACACCCUCGCUGUGCUCUACCAGCAGAAGGUGUACAACAUUCCUAUCCGCUUCCUGGGGGAGACACUAGGUUACGCCCUCGGGAAAGAGGGCAAGAAGAAUGAAGAGAUUUUCAGCACCCUCGACGAGAUGAUUUCUCACCACAUGAAUAACCAGCUGCUUCUGAUAGACAGCAAGAGCCAAGCCAAGCACACAGCGUAUUUAACCCACCCUGCACGCCCUUAAAACCACACUAUAGGAGCCUCUCUCACGCUGUAAUCACAUGAGUUAUAGAUGAGGAUAACGGCACAGUUGAAAGUUUACUGUAGGUGUACUGUGUGUCUAAGUGUAAUUAUAACUACAACGGUGAUACAGCUAACUGUUUAAUUGAUAUUGAAAUAGACAAUGCAAACGUUUAAUGCACUGAAAUAUUAGCAUAUUAUUAUUGUGUAGGCAUAAAUGUCACAUACAGUCACACAAAUGUCAACAGUUAGUUACCACAUGACAUGUGAACAGCUUAAACUUAAAGCUCAGAGUUUUAAAAAGUAGUUUGACAAAGUGAUUUUCCAAUUUGGUCAUCAUUUUAGCAACAAAUGCACAAUGUUCUCUAAAAGGAAAAUGUGUCACUGUAUUACUGUAACUGUCAUUCGGUCUGUUUCCGCCCUCAGAUAAAGUGAUAAUGUUGCUGUCAGAUUACCAUAUUCCGCUGACUUUUUAAAUAUAUAAAUAGUACUUUUCUGCUGUUAUAAGAUAUCAAACCACAUCACAAGAUUUUCCCUGUCUAUUAUCAUUAUUACUGAUGAACUGUUGAAAUAAAUAUUUCCAUAGUUCGUUUUAGUUUAGCCACAAGUGCAGAUUUAGGGCGUAUCUUUUCCCCAGGUUUCAUUACUUUGAUUUUAAUGUUGUAUGUGUGUUGUAUAUUUUUGGUGUGUUGUAGAUAUUGUGCAAUAC